GUAGCGGCUAGCGCCGCUUGUCUCGACGUCUCACAAGACGAGAGUCGACGACGUCGCGGGGGGUGGCGCCACGGACGUAGCUCCAUGGCCAGUCAGACGGGUCGAAGGCCAUGCCAGAACCUGAACUCUCCAAGGUGGAGGCGAUUGAGCUCCUCUUGGCCUAUCGAGAACUCUUGUUAGACGAGGAGCUUCAAGAGAAUCUGGCAGGCCUCGAUGAGCACUGCGGCGGAGUCAUGGCAAGAUGGCAGCCACCUUGGAUAGAAGAGGGCAUCGAGGGGAUGAACUUCGGUGGUGCGGAGAAGCUGGAAAAGUUGCCGGUGGUCAAGUGGGUCCGGGCCCUGCAGACGGCGCUGCAAGAGUUGCACCGCCGAGCCCAAGAGGCCGAGUUCCUUCCUUCCUGCGAAGCAGCCUUCAUCGUGGUGCUGCCAGCGCAGUGUUCGCAGCUGCAGAGCAUCUCCCUCCUGGCCAGGCUGGGUGGUGGGGCCGCGCUCUUGCAGCCUGACAGGAAUGCAGCAGAAGCAUUGCCGUGCUCGAGGCUCAUUUUCCUAGAUGCUUUUGCCGGCCAAAAGGUUGAAGACGCGCCGAUCGCCAGGUCUCCAGUGAAGGAGGGCCCGCCCAGUGAGGUCAAUGGCCACAAGCCAGCCACCCACGCGGAUGCGAGAGCCGCGGAUGCUGGUGAAGGGCGCCCCAACGGUGCCACGGUCGUCCCAACGGGGCCGACUCGGCGGCUGCCGUCGACGAUCAAGUUCCUUCACUUGGAAAUCCUUCAGGUGGAGGAGGAAGCCAUUGCCCUCAUCUUAGGGGUGAUGCAACUCCUCCGUGAGGAGGAAAUCUGGAAAAGGUGUUUAGCUUUGGACACCUAUUGCGAUGGCUUGUUGUCCCACUGGCAACCUCCUUGGAUAGAAGAUGGCUCCUUUGAUGAGCUCGAGAUGAGCCUGGAACGUCUCCGCAGCACGGAGGACGCACAGGUCUUUGAUUGGGCGAUGGCAUUGGAUGGCUUUUGCUCCUUCGUGGCCAAUCUGGCGCUCGCAGCACGUGUUCAUCAGGCGGCCAGUGGCGACUCCCGCGUGGAGGCGAGACCGCGGCGCGGAGCGGCGAAGCAGUUUGGGGCGCAUCUGGAAGCGCUGGCGCGGCGCCAAAGAACUGGCUCUAGUGCUCAGCACAGUGGCUUAGCACGGUCGCAAGGUGUUUGUCGCAUGUUGCAAGGGAUCUUGGACGGAAGGAACUAUCGAGGCGAACUCGGAAGUUCCUCUCUUCGUGCCGAACUCGUACCGUCAGUCGGAAGAAGCCACGCCAUGCCGAGCAGCUUACCCAGGAUCCUUCAAGCACAGGUGCCUGGCUCAGAGCGACAGCAACAGGAGGGACCGACUCUGGAGUCGGAUGGAGCGCCCCAAGCGGGGCGGACCGAACUGGUGGUCGUGGUGCCGGACGACCUCGCCGAAUGGCACCUCGAAGUCUUGGGGCCCCUACUUCGAGCCUUUAAGAUCUUCAUGUUGACCGAGAAGGCCUGGCGAGCGGACUUCCAAGCCGCUCCUCAUGUGUCGUUCUCGGUGCAGGCGGCCUCUGCAGCCUCGCGGAGUUGCGUCCCGUGGGCCGAUGCCGCGGGGGACGACGCAUCCGGCGAGUGAUCGCCAAGAA